UCCCUCCUGCGGACGUGCGGCCCGGCUGUCCGCUAGUGGCUGCCUGCUGACGUCUGGGGGCGGCGUGACGUCAGCGCGCAGGCGCGCCCCGCCGGCUUAAAUAGCGACCGGCCGGCUGUCGGCGGAGGGGCUGCGGAGUCGGGCCGCUAAGACUAAGAUGAAUCCAACACACGCCCACGUGGGGGAAAGUACCAGCUUCCAAUUCAAAGAUUCCUUAACUAACUGUAUGCAGGCCAAGCGAGACCUGGAACUGGCUAUCAACAACAUCAUUCAGGCUGAACAGGAAAUAAAAGCAAACAGUCAUGAGGUAAAAUUCCAAAUUCACAGUUGUAUCAGCCGUCACAUGGAGUGCCUGCGCAGUAGGGAAGUUUGUCUCUUGGAGCAGAUUGACCUUGUUCAACAGCUGAAGGAGGAAUCCCUGCAACAACAAAUUCAGCAGCUUUAUUGGCUGCUUGGUCAGUUCAAUUGCCUUAUUCAUCAAUUGGAAUAUCCCCAGAAUAACCAUCCAACCAAUCAAAUUACAGCCUGCCUGGAGAGAUUGAAGAACCUGACCCUGAAGCCAGAGGAAUCUCCCGUCCUGAAUUUUGAAGCUGAUGUCCCUUCACUCCGCCAAGCCAUUACAAGCUUUGGGGCUAUCAAGACUCUGGGUUCAGAGAGAGACUGCAGGAGUUCUUGCACCAUGGCAGCUGAUCUGGAUUACUGCUUGGUACCAAUGCUGACAAAGAAGACAUUCCCCAAUGGAAACGAAUGCCCACUUGCUGACUGGCUGUGCAACCCUCCUGCUGUGCGGAUGCCAUUCCUGAACAUGCAAGAUCGUCCACUGAAGCUACCCAACCAGAAUUCGCCUUCAAAUAUGAGAGCUUGGGAAUGUCAGCAGGGCCUUGACCACUGGCUGUCUUCCAGCACCCAAAAGAGCAACCUAACUGAGACCAUCACUAUUCAACAAUCCACUCAAACCACCAGCAGCUGCAAUCUGGCACCAAAGGACCCAGACUACUAUAGAGAGCAGGCCUGGGGUAAUCGACGGGGUCUCGAGCACUGGUUGCUUCCCAGCAAACACAAGAAUAAUGCAAUAGAGAAAACAACUGCACAACAGUACACAAGUUCCACCUAUGAGAACCAAUUCGACCUGAAUUACUACAAAUUACAGGCUUGGGGGCAUCGUGAGAGCCUUGAGCAUUGGCUAAUUCCUGUUGAGCAGAAAUCUGAUCCUAGCAAGGAAGCUCCUGCACGUGAACAUACUAAGUCAUCUGGUAGUUCUUCCACCUUUGAGCUAGUGGAGCCAUUUGACAUGGAGGUUGUGGACCAAGAUGGGAAAGAACAGAGGCCACCUACUGGAAAAAUGAGUGGCUCCAAUGUGAAGUGCACCCAUGCUGAAAAAAUGAGCAGCAGCAAUGACGAAGACAAGUGGAAAUCCAUAACUAGGCCUUUCAGAGAGAAGUUCACUACCAGUGAGUGGCUUUUGAAGCCGAACAAGUCUGAAUCCUGUAUUAGUUGCUGUGGAGUUCAAACAAAAGCGGUAGAAAUUGAAAAUCUUGGGAAGCUGAAGUGCCUGAGUGAGCACCACAAUGCCAAGAAGUCACCACCUGCUUCACCAAAUGAUGCUCGGCGACUUCAGUCAAUGUUGCCAAUUCAAGUGGCAGACGUCUGUAAGGCUAAUGAGCAGUGCAGCAGCUUCUCUGCGUGUGUGUGUGGGCGGAGUUGUGAAAAGGAAGCAAUCAAUGAGUGGCUUCUCAAACAAGGAGGAAAGGACAAGAAUGGAGUGCAGACAGGCCAGCCAAAUAAAGCUAUUACAGCGCCAGAGAAGAUCGAACUAGAGCAGUGGCUGCAUCCCUUGUCAAAAUCGGCAAGAGGGCUACUUACAGAGUCUUCUGUCAAUGUCCCUGUAAAGUCACUGGAAGACCUGAAGUCAAACAAUCCAGUCAGCGCUCCCAUGAAUCUGGAUAAGUUGGUGUACAAAAUAUCUGAGGAUACUGAGAAAGGAGCUGAGCUUGAAGUGGAAAAUAAAUUUCUGUUGCGCAAGAAAGCACACGAAUUGAGUGGUAUACCUGAAGUGUCCAAUCUUUUCUCUAAUUUGAAUCUUUCUGUUGGUCGAGAGAAGAUUCCAAUAAAGGAUCAAUCCAAAUUAUUUGAUGAUAUGUUUUCUCCCUACAAGGAGCCUUUUGAUCCAGAGAAAUGGCUCUACAAAGGUCCUCACCAGAUUGAACAAGGCCCCAGGGGAACUUGUAUCCCAAAGCUUAGCGGAGUCUGUUGAUUGGGAGAAAUGACUGGACAACGAGCCUUCAAGUUAGCUUUGAACCAUCAGUGCUACAGAUGAAUUGGCUGACUUGCCUUUAUUCUGGAGCAACAUCAGACACACUUAACACCUCUGAGAUUCUGCUGAAUUAAUUCCUUGCUUCUGCCUUGAAGACCAUUCUUGUGUUCAAAUCCUUUGUGUGUGAGUUGUACUGUGAAACUGAGUAGUGUCAACAUGCUAGGGAAAUCUAUGUAAUCGGGAUUCCUUCGUUCCCACCCCUGCUCCCACAAAGUGACCGUUUUCAUUCUAGGCAUUGUGCCACUUGUCUCAUUGCUAACAUCCUCCAGAACAGGACUCAUAGUGACAGGUGGGGUGAACUAGGUUCAUUAGACUUGGCCUGUGUUGGAGGACUUCCAGUUGGUUUACUUAGCAGUACUGCAAGUUACACUAUUAGAAAAGGCCAUGAUGAAUUAAAUUGACACACUAAUCUCUGCUGCUAUAAACUUAUGCCUCAUUGCCUUGUACUGGGCAUUUGAGUUGAUGCAGCAGAGAACAUAGUGCACCAGUCUCUGUGUUGACGGGCCAAGUCCAAAUUCUUUAAUAUUUCACUAAGCCACCUCUGCAGUGGAUUUAAUAUUCUUUGAGGCGUUUAGCUGGGACUUUAAAUGUUUUGCAAGAUAGUAACCCAGUCUGGCGAUUGACCUUAAACUGCUGCAGUAUAAUCUGUGCUCAAUGCAAAUCAAUACGCUGUUUGUUGUUCUGAGAUUGGUAUAUUUGUAUUGAAGCUGUAUUACUAGCCUUUGGUGAGUUUGGUGGGUGUUCAGUCCUGUCAAACCGUUUAUUUGCAGCAGAUGUUAGCAUGAGAUACUUUGGAUCAGUUGCUUUGACAUUUCUAGUUAAAUGCUUCACAGUUGGAUUUCCUUACACACAAAAAAAUUGGAAUGUUUUGAAAGAAGUUGCAAAACCAGUCAAAUCCAGAGUGACCAAGUACCAUCAAAGCUCUAGUAGUGUGUGUGUGCCAGUGAAGAGCACAGGAUAAUCUGUCCCAAAGCUCCAUCCUUGAAUUGAUUGUCUCAUUUCACUAGUUUUGUUAACAGUUCGACUUGAUCCAUAACAAAAUAAUUGGUGCUAGCCAGCACUAAUUUGGCACAAAUGGAAUGAACUAUUUGAAACUAUCAGUUACACCUUGGGGGGAGGAGAGAGAAGUUGUGUCUUGUAUUGAUGGAACCAACCACUUGCUGUAUUGGCUAUCCUCACUGAGAAUGGUCAUGAUCUGACUACAUGCUAGGCAUUUAUGUUGCAUUUGACAACUCCGGUUCAGUGUGUGGCCUCUUUCAGUCUCUUCGAGGUGCUGUUUGGUCCUGAUGGUUAGAUCAGGACUCUUGAGUUAAGGGACUGAAAUGCUCUGGGUGGAUCUGUCAAUAUGCUGUAGGGAAGUGGGUGUGCUUGGCAGUACUGGCAGGUGAUGCAAGACACACUACUGCUGCCUUGCUGCAGGUUGGUGGAAUGUGAAUUCAUUUAAGAAAUUAAAAACGGGGAAGUACCUACCGGGUUGCCAUAGAGGACAUCUACAUCACUGGCCUUGAGAAAAAUCUGCCUGUACAGCUUUGUGAACUCAUUCAGUUUUUAAUUGAAUAAAAUCCAUCCCAAUUUCAGUAUAAUGAUCAACACUUGCUUUUCUCUGUCCCCACAUUUUCUCACUUUGGUGGCAUUGUAUUGUAACUUGAAUUAUUACAAAGAUCUGGGCAUUGUCAAGUCCUUAGUCACAAUGAUGUGACUCUUAGGAAUUGUGCAAGCCCUUCUGGUCCCACAGGACUAAAGUAUUAGCUCUUGUCAUCAGUUUCAUUAAUGCAGCCGCCACUGCUUUUGUGUAAUCAAAGUAAAUGGACGCUACACUGAACUAAGUUGCAUCUAUUCUUCCCCCUCCAUUGAAAAUCUACCUUGACAUUGCUUCAGCAAUCAUACUUAUUUAUGGAUUUUGUUUUUAAAUAUAUAAUCACUCAAUAAAAUGCUGCAGCAAAA